UGCGCCAUGGUGGAGCAGGACUCGCGCAGCAGCUUGCGACACAUCCUUGCCGACGAGCCCGUCGGACAAGAAUCCCGGCCAGCACCGCCAACAACACCAGCAUCCGCACCUGCGAUACGAGCCACAUCGGCAGCGGCUACAGGAGACCACGAGCCAUCACCUGCACCCAAGGGCGACAAGGACGACGACAAUGAGGCAGAGACUCCAUUGUACACAUCGACGACGCAGACAACGCGGCGCAAUGCGAACGGCAGCGUGUCGUCAGUCUAUUCGGGAAACAAGAUCCGCCACCUGAAGAAGGAGGACGGCGUACCGCUAUGGCGCAAAGACAUCCAGUACGACUUCCUCGACAUCGUCUUCAAGGAUGACCAUCGCGUCUUUACCCGCUACUCGGACAAUACAAAGGGACACACGUUUGCCGAAAUCUACGUCGACGCCAUGGCAAAGAGCAGCAAGUGCAGCAAGAUCCUCAAAGAGAAGCUCAAGGAAGACUUUGACUCGGCCAUCACUAUGGCCAUGGUCUGUCUGCUCGUCAAUGUCGGUCGUAUGAACACAACUCUCAACUUCUUUCCUGAGAUGCGCGCUCAACUCCGUACCUACCACUCGAUUCCGGCUCUGCAAGCACACCAAGAUCCGAACGCCUACAAGCAACUGCAAGAUGCGCCACGUUUGAAGUCGAUCCUCAAAGGUGCCACCGAAGACACGCCCCAGCCGGGUACAAUCGAAGACAUCCGUCAGGCUUCGAUACCACGAACCAACCCCGUCAACCUGAUCUUCGUCCUGUCACAAUAUGCGCCCAAGAUCUCGGAACUCCACUUCAACCAUCCUCGCGACUUCUUCGACCUCGUCAUGCGACCCAGCUUGAGCAGUAGAAGCAGAGCGACGGCAUUCCUCUGGCUCAUGUGGUGGUACCUCGAGAGUCACUUCUCCAACGAAUCUGCACUCAGCAACCCCUUCGGAGCAGGCUGCGAACCAGAAGGUGGCGGCCAGCCAAUCAAAGUUCCAUCGCUUGAGAGCUUGACUGAGGAACAGGCUGCUUUGGAGAAUGUUGACAGUCAAGAAGAGAAGGAGUACGGAGAACAGAAGCGCAAGGAACGGAUUGCAAUCGUGGCAAGCGAACCGAGUCCUGCCAUGACGGCUCUUAAACGCGCGCGAAAAGCUUGUUUGCGGCGGGUCUCGGUGAUGCAAAUUCGGAUGCUGGAACCAAGACCCCCAGCCGCGACUUCGAUUCGCCAGCACCUCAUGNACUCUUUGCGCCGGGCUUAUGCUGGUAGCGACUACACACGUUCCCCUACACCUCCCACGAGCUCUUUCCAGGCCGUCAACACCAUUUCGAAACCAUUGGCAUCCAAAUCAUUCUUGACUGAGGUCGAUGAGAAAGAACAUGACAUCCGCCACUUGGCUUCACCAUCCGUGGGCACACCACAAGCUGCAGCACUGCCCAAANAAGGCGCUGGACGAGGUAACCGGAACACCAACUUACACCACNCCUUUUUGCUACCCAACCCUAUUCACACAUNNCCUCCUGCCCCUCCUACCGUGCCGGAUGGCGUCUAUUUGCAGUUCCAACGAGACCACGCCCCGACAUCUCCGUAUCAACUCCAGACUCGAAACCGUCCGCUGACAUCACACCAANAAGCAGUCAGCGAUUACCGCCGUGUGCGUAUCAACCAGAUCCUCGAUACCGGUAUUAGGCGACGCCACAUAGCGGCCAAGCGUCAGCGUCAAGAAGAGGGUAUACUAUUGCGGGCCUGGAAGCGCAUUCGCAUGCUGCCUUCAGGUUGGGACAGUGAAGAUGAAGGUACAGCCGACAAAGGUAAAGAAGACGCCAAAGACAAGGACAAGGAUGAUGGCGGCUCCGGUAAAGGAAAGUCAAAAGAGGAAGAGAAGGCUGCCGCUGCGCUUCGUCGUGCUGCUGGCGGUGUCCGCAUUCUUGGAGGAUUUGCUCUGCCACUCACCGACAAGGAGCUCGAGCAAGAGAAGCAGCGUCCCCUGAACAGCAUUGCCAACGUGACAAGAGAUGAUGUGGGCGAGGAGGCACUGUUUUUUUCUCGAGCCUUCUCGCUUGGAAUGGUUUCACUCGACCGCGAAGAAAAUGCAGAUGUCGAGGGCAGUCUAUUACUCCCGUCACCGCCACUCAAGCCUGUUGACGACAUGGAAGACGAACGAGAGUUGCAAGCCAUGGACGAAUUAGCUGCCACGAUUGUCAAACCCCGACAAGGCAGGAAGAGUCGUGGCGGAGGCGGAGGUGCAAGCAGAAAAUCAAAAGGCGGUGCGAGUAAGCUGGCGGAAGAGGCAAAGGACGGAACGCCAGGUGACUCAAGACUCUCCACCGCACGAGCAGAUAAUGAAGCAGAAGAUGAAGAUAUGCAUGAUGAGGGCAAUGUCACCAUCGGCCCUAGUGCAGAGUUGGACGAUGAUGAAAGAGAGCUGCUCGGCGAGGCGGACACGGAAGAUGAAGAGGAAGACGAGGAUAACAUGGAUGAGGAUUGA